CAUUACAUCUCAAAAUAAUGAACUUCAAAUAUUCUUUACUUUAUAAUUUCUAUGAUCUGAAAAUGUGGAUGGCCUUUCUUCUUAGUUGGAGUUUGAUCAUUGAAAUCCAAUCUUCUGCCACUCCAACAUCUCAACUUCAAAUGGAAGCAAAUUCCAUAUUGAAGAGUGGAUGGUGGAACACCUCUGAUGCUCAAUUUAAUAUCUCAAGACGUUGUGAUUGGCCUGCUAUAUCUUGCAAUAAGGAUGGAAGCAUAUAUGAAAUCAACAUAAUAAGUACUAGUAUUUAUUAUGUUAAUUUUUCAGCACUCAACCUAUCUGUUUUCCACAAUUUAGAAAGCCUUGUUUUAAGUUCAAUUGGACUGCACGGAGUUGUUCCAAAAGAAAUUGGUCUCCUCUCCAAGCUCACUCAUCUUGAUUUGUACUCAAAUGCUCUUGGAGGUGAGAUCCCUCCUUCACUAGGAAAUCUCACAAAACUCACUCUUCUUGGUUUGUCUUUUAAUAAUCUAAAAGGUGAUUUGCCUCCUUCACUAGGAAAUCUCACAAAACUCACUGAGCUUGAUUUGUUCUCUAAUGCUCUUGGAGGUGAGAUCCCUCCUUCACUAGGAAAUCUUACAAAACUCACUUAUCUUUCUUUGUCCUCAAAUUCUCUUGUAGGUGAGAUCCCUCCUUCACUAGGGAAUCUUACAAAACUCACUCAUCUUUCUUUGUCCUCAAAUUCUCUUGUAGGUGAGAUCCCUCCUUCACUAGGGAAUCUUACAAAACUCACUCAUCUUGCUUUGUCCUCAAAUUCUCUUGUAGGUGAGAUCCCACUUUCACUAAGAAACCUUAGACAAUUAAAAUACUUAUACAUCUCUAGAAAUAAGAUUCAAGGUUUCAUUCCUUCAAUAGGAAAUCUCACACACCUACAAGAGUUAGACUUCUCUAACAACAACAUUCAAGGUAUCAUUCCUCAUGCGUUGGGAUUCUUGAACAACCUCACAAGAUUAGAUCUAUCUUACAAUAGACUAAAUGGAAACUUGCCUCUUUCCUUUGCAAAUCUCACCAAGUUAGAAUACCUUGACAUCUCUAACAAUAAGAUUCAAGGUUUCAUUCCUUCAAUAGGAAAUCUCACACACCUACAAGAGUUAGACUUCUCUAACAACAACAUUCAAGGUUUCAUUCCUCAUGAGUUGGGCUUCCUGAACAAUCUCAUAACGUUAGGUCUAUCUUACAAUAGACUAAAUGGAAACUUUCCUCUUUCCUUUGCAAAUCUCACCAAGUUAGAAUACCUUGACAUCUCUAACAAUUUUCUCAAUGGUUCUCUCCCAUCUAACUUAGGUCAAUUAACAAAUUUGAAAAUGUUACAGUUAAGUACAAACUUCAUUCAUGGGACCAUUCCAAUUUCGGUAACAAAUCUCUCUCAAUUAGAAAAUCUUAACAUUUCUUACAACAUACUCUUUGGCAGCCUUCAUUCCAAUUUUUUUCAAUGGGCAAAUUAUAAUACUUUUUUAAUAGACCUCAGUCACAAUUUUAUUAGUGGUGAAGUCCCAUCUCCGUAUGAAAAUUUUCAACACCUUUACCUCAACAAUAACAAUUUAACAGGAAUAAUUCCACAAUCUCUUUGUGAUAUCGAUUAUGUGGAUAUUUCCAACAACUGUUUCAAGGGUCCAAUUCCAUAUUGUACUAACAUUUAUACGAGGAACAAAGAUGAAUGUAUCAACACUUCUAUUAGAAAAUUCCAACCAUGGUCACCUCCCAAGAGAAAUAAUAAAGUAAGGCACAAUCUUGUCAUAGUUCUUCCUGUUAUUAUUAUUCUAAUUAUAGCAUUAUCACUCCUCGUAUGCUUGAAACUUCGUCAUAGUUCUAUAAAAAACAAUCAUGGAAUUACAAUGAGAAAAAGGAAUGGAGAUUUGUUUUGUAUAUUGAAUUACGACGGAAAAAUUGCAUAUGACGACAUUAUUAAAGCAACAGAAGACUUUGAUAUAAGAUAUUGCAUUGGAACAGGAGCAUAUGGAAGUGUUUAUAAGGCACGAUUACCAUGUGGUAAAGUUGUUGCCUUAAAGAAACUUCACGGAUAUGAAGCCGAGAUUUCAUCUUUUGAUGAGAGUUUUAGAAAUGAAGUGAGAAUUUUAUCAGAAAUAAAGCAUCGACAUAUUGUGAAACUUUAUGGAUUCUGCUUGCACAAAAGAGUUAUGUUUUUGAUCUAUCAGUACAUGGAGAGAGGAAGUUUGUUCUCUAUCUUAUAUGAUGAUGCAGAAGCCAUGGAAUUCAAUUGGAGAAAAAGAGUUAACUUUGUUAAAGGAGUUGCAUUUGGUCUGUCGUAUCUUCAUCAUGAUUGUCUAGUCCCAAUAGUGCAUAGAGAUAUAUCUAGUGGCAACAUCUUGCUAAACUCUGAGUGGGAGGCAAGUGUAGCUGACUUUGGUAGAGCUCGACUUCUUCAAUAUGAAUCAUCCAAUCGAACUAUAGUUGCUGGAACUAUCGGAUAUAUCGCUCCAGAACUUGCCUAUACUAUGGUUGUGAAUGAAAAGUGUGAUGUAUAUAGUUUUGGUGUAGUUGCACUUGAAACUUUAGUGGGCAGACAUCCCGGAGAUAUAUUGGCAUUACUUCAAUCAACAUCAAUCCAAGAUAUCAAAUUAUGUGAAGUAUUAGACCAACGUCUCUCACUUCCAAACAAUGAUAGAGUUUUGCGUGACAUAAUUCGUGUUGCCGCAAUUGCAUUUGCCUGCUUAAAUCUCAAUCCUUGUUUACGGCCAACAAUGAAAAUUGUCUCACAAAGUUUUGUCAUUGAGCUUCCACCAUUUAGCAUUCCAUUGACUGGAAUUUCUUUGCAACAACUCAUGAGUCAUGAACUCAAAGCUUUAUUUCACAUUGUAAAUCUUUGAAAAAAACAUGGAAUAAAUUAAG